AUGGCUGCCUCAAUGGUCUCCACCGCCGCCGUUGCUGCCGUCAACCGUGCCGCCCCGGCUCAAGCCAGCAUGGUGGCUCCUUUUACUGGCCUCAAGUCUACUUCGGCUUUCCCCGUUAGCCGCAAGAACGUCGACAUUACAUCCAUUGCCAGCAAUGGUGGUAGAGUGUCUUGCAUGAAGGUGUGGCCACCACUUGGUUUGAAGAAGUAUGAGACUCUUUCUUACCUUCCCCCUCUCACUAGGGAACAACUCAUCAAGCAAGUCGAAUACCUUCUCCGAUCUAAGUGGGUUCCUUGCCUCGAAUUCGAGUUGGAGCAUGGAUUCGUGUACCGUGAGAACAAUAGGUCUCCAGGAUACUAUGAUGGACGAUGCUGGGUGAUGUGGAAGCUGCCCAUGUAUGGAUGCACAGAUGCAGUGCAGGUGUUGAACGAGGUGGACUUGUGCGUCAAGGAAUACCCCAAUGCCUUCAUUAGGAUCAUUGGAUUCGACAACGUGCGUCAAGUGCAAUGCAUCAGUUUCAUUGCCUACAAGCCAGAAGGAUACAACUAA